UCUUCCAACCUCCGUACACCCCCAGGAGCUCCAUCCCCAGGACUUGCUCUGGAACUCCUGGUCCUUGUUGGUUUUCUCAGAGCCUCAAGUUUUGCAAGUGGAAAUGAGAAAACAGGAAUUUGGGAUCUUAAAGAAGCAAACCUUGGUGAUGAGACUCCAACAUUUCUAAAGAACAAGGAUUCUGGAGAGCAGGACUCCUGGGGGAGGAGGGGACUGGAUGUCAGUCCUCCUGGAUCUAGAAAGAAGUUACUGAGAGUUUGAGGGCCUGGACUUCUGGAACUUUCCCACCCAUGCAGGCCUCCCGUUGCCCCAGGCCCCCUUCACCCCUGUCUUCCGGUCGGGUUCCUGGCCCCCAUGUACCCUUUUCCCGCUCCAGCAGUGGUGGCUGUUUGAGAAGAAGCAGCGACGGAAGCGCCUAGAGCCCGUCAUGGUUCAGGCCAAUCCUGAUGCUGCCCUGCGGCCCCGGCGACCGUGGCGGCGGGAAGAGCGCCACUUAGGCCGCAGAGGCCCUGGGAACCCUUUCCUUCGGGAGAACGUGCCAGAGGCGCAUCUGCACCCUGGUGCCCACAGUGUCCUGGGUACUGUGAGCUGCGGUGGAGAUGGCAGUGGCGAGUGUGGCCCCCUGUCGUCGUCAACAGAAGCAGAUGUUUCUGAUAUGGAGUUGGAGGAAGUCUCCAUGGAGGAUGUUCCUGCCUUGCCACCUCCUUAUGAAGAGCUUCCAGGGACUCGUCGCAGAGGCUGGCCAGCCCGCCAACAUCCUGGGGGCAGUGCUGAGAAUGAGAGCAAAUCCCAGGAUGUUGGAGACGGAUACGAGGUGCCCAACCUGAGACCAAACUCGGGAAUGGAUGGUGAUGGGGAUCAUGGAGACUUGGCCUCCGACAAGGGCGAAGACCUGGAAGAGAAGAAAGAGGAAUCGGAGUCUACAGGGAGGAACUCAUGCUGCGUGGCCGACAAGGAGGUGUCCGAGGCCCCAGAAGGCAUGGGCGGCGAGGGCAGCGGCGCUGCGGGGAGCUCGCCCGGCUUGCCUCCCUCCGCCCCAGGCCCUCGGCUGGGGGAGGAUAUGGCAGCGUAUGUGAUGCGGCCAGCGCUGUUCGGUCGCAUGGUGCAGUGUCUCAUCAGCCGCGACAGGCGCGGUGUAGACAAGGGCUUUUUCCCUUUCUACUAUCUCUACCUGGAGGCGGCAGACGGCCAGAAGCACUUCCUUCUCUCUGGGCGCAAGAGAAAAAGGAGCAAAACCCCUAAUUACCUCAUCUCCCUGGACCGCACAGACCUAUCUCGAGAUGGGGACAACUUUGUGGGCAAAGUCAGAUCUAAUGCCUUGGGCACCAAGUUCACCAUCUUUGACAAUGGGGUGAAUCCCGAAAGGAAGAAUUUUGUCACAGAGACAGCUCGGAUCAGGGAGGAGCUGGGGGCUGUGUGUUACGAGACCAACUUCUUGGGAUUACGAGGGCCCCGGAAAAUGACUUUGAUCAUCCCUGGAAUCGACGCCCAGAACCGGAGAAUCGGUGUUCAGCCACAAAAUGAACAGGAGUCGCUACUGAGUCGGCUCCAACGGGGUGCCACCCAAGGGCUGGUCCUGAUGCAAAAUAAAGCUCCAUUGUGGAGCGACGAGAGCGGCGUCUACGUGCUCAAUUUUCACGGUCGCGUCACUCGGGCCUCGGUUAAGAACUUCCAGAUCGUGCAUCGGGAUGACCCGGACUACCUGGUGCUCCAGUUCGGCCGCAUUGCCCCAGACAUGUUCACCAUGGACUUCCGCUUCCCACUCUGCCCACUCCAAGCCUUCGCCAUCUGCUUGUCCAGUUUGGAUUGGAAGCUGGCAUGUGGGUAAAUUCAAUGAAAUCCUCUCAUCGGCUUCUGUGCCUUCUCAUUUGGAGAAAGGGCCCCAGCGUGGCUUCUUUUGCACCAGUUUUCUAUCACCCAACACCUAUGUAGACGCUGCCUGGGUACCCCAUCCUAGGCUUUUCGGCAGCACUCGCUCUUUGGAAUUCACAGUCCCAUUGUGGGGGUAGGUCUUAACAAAAAUCAAAAUGCUCAUCGGCUGUGAAGUAGGAAGGCACAUGGAGGCACAAACUGGCCGGCUGGGUCGGAGCAAGGCAUGUCUGAAAAAAUAUCACCAUACUACGUCUGAGGAAUCCUAGGGACCUGGCUGAGCCAGAGGGCUCAGGAAUGGGAACAUCAUGCAGUGGCCACAGCUCAUACCAAGGUCUUAAGGUGGAAGGGGGCUUGGUCUGUUGGGAAUGAAAGGAUAGCUUAGCAGGAGCCAGGAGAACCUAUGGGGACGGGCAGGGAAUGAAGCUGGAUAAGGUGCAGGACCCUUGGGCCACUCUUUUUGCUUUUGAUUUUUAGGGCUGCAGCUGAGGCAUAUGGAGAAUCCCAGCUAGGGAUCGAAUUGGAGCUACAGCUGCCGGCCUACACCACAGCCACAG